UGCGUCCUGAUAAGAUUUCGCUCGCAGGAGGAGCGGUUUCUGUUUCCCUUCUUCAGGCAUUACCAACAGUUUGGCAGUUUUGUUUUCUCGUGAAAAGCGAUCCAGAGCGAUGGCCUUGGUUACGACAUUAUCUCGGUUUAUAUAAAUAGGGAAUGGUAAGGGACAUUUGAGCGACCUCAAAUUGGCCACAGAAAGACGGAGGACAGCCGUACCAUGGAUUCUGAAACUGCAGUUAUUAAGGACAGGCUGAUGCAACUAGAAUGCCACUUCACAUGGGGCCUGGAAGACAAUAUUACCGAUUUUCAGAAUCUUCAGGAGAAUUUACAGGCAUACAUAGAGCUGAAGGCUGAAAAAUGGCGAGGAAUAGAAAGAUCCUACAAUCUUUUGGCUUAUAUAAAUUAUUUGCAAGGGGACAAUGACAAUGCCAUCAACAUUUUUAAGCAAGCAGAAGACCAUGUCAAACUGGUAUAUGAAGAUGAUUUUGAAAAGACGGUCUUGGUUACUUACAGCAAUUUUGCCUGGAUCUACUAUCACUUAAGAGAGCUGAGCAAAGCCCAAAGCUUUUUGUCACAAAUAGAAAAUAUCUGUAAAAAUAUCCCAUCAGCCUCUCGCUAUUCUGCUCCUAUUUCUGUUGUACAUGGAGAGAGAGGAUGGUGCUACUUGAAAUUCCCAAUGAGACACCUUGAUAAAGCAAAAGCUUGCUUUGAGGAGGCCCUAGAACAAGAGCCAGAUAACAAAGACUGGAACAAUGGCUAUGCUAUAGCUUUAUAUCGGCUUGAGAAAAAUUGUACAAUUACACCAGAAGACUCACAAGCACUGAAACAACUAAGGCAUGCCUUGGAGCUGAGCCCUGAAGAUGCUUUUGUCAUGGUGCUCUUAGGACUAAAACGUAUAUCCUUUAAACAACAAGUAGAAGGAAUGGAGUUAACUAAACAAGCUCUGAAACUUGCACCUGAUGACCUCUAUGUGAUUAAGUAUGCUGCGAUGGCAUUCCGAAAAGUUGGGCUUGUGGAUCAAUCUCUGAAGUUAUUAUCAGAGGCUUUGGAAAAGGCCCCAACUUCAGUGUUUCUGCUACAUCAGCUUGGUCUUGGGUACAAAGAUAAAGCGGUUAUGUUACAAACAGAGAGCGAUCCUGCACGGAUAGCAGAGAGAGACAAUGUCAUUCAGAAGGGCAUUUUUAAUUUGGAGAGAGCAACUAUGCUCAGGCCAUCCUUUAUAUUUGCACAAAUGGAUUUGGCAUUUAUGUAUGCAUUAUCAAAUAAAAUUGAUAGAGCAGAUGAAAUUUAUCAGAAAGUAUUUGAAAUGAAGAAUAUGAGUUUAGAAAACAUUACAACAGCACACUUAUUUUAUGGAAACUUUCUUUACUACACCAAAAGAUGCAAAGAUCUUGCCAUUGCUCAAUACAAAAAAGCUUUAACUGCUUCAAGAACAGAAGAAGAGAAAAACAAAAUUCUGAACAAACUGCAAGACAUCGCUGAAAAGCAGCUUUCAAGGGGGCGAGAAGAUGGGCAAUCCUAUGCUCUGCUAGGCCUCGUUCAUCAGCACAGAAAUGAAAAUGCCUCAGCAGUUAAAUACUUUAAGAAAGCCUUACUCCUUGACCCGGGCAAUGAAGAAUAUCUAAAUGCUCUUUUCACACUUCAAAUGUUACUUGACUCAGAUUCCAAUGAUGGAGGUCUGUGAUUUGUCUUAACAGUAUGCUAUAUAGUGAAGUGCAAGAAAAUAUUAUUUUCAAUUAAUUCUGCGUUAAAAAUUGGAAUAUUUUCAGUUAAUGAAUGCUGUUGUCAAUGUGUGUGUUAAUUAUCUUCUCCAAAUGAAGCAUUUAUAGUACCAUAAUUGAAAGACGCUUUGAAACGGACAGUCUUUGCAUUGUGACUGUGCAAUUCUUGUACUCUGUUGUCAUUUCUCUUUGUUGGCUUUAAUGUCUUUAUGAUACACAUACAUGCAUGUAUUAUCUAAACAAUCAUAUAUUAUUGCGUGCUUUAUAGUCUUAAGUGCUUUGUGAAAGUUCACUAUAUAAAAUGAGGUAUGGCCAACAGAGGGCACUCCAGCUCUCCAAACACCUGACACAGACAGGCUUGGACACAAGUCAUGGCAAACGAGAGGAUUUUAUUAUUGUGGCUUGAAGUAAGUGUUUUCCCACCUCAGUCACAAGUACAAGUACAGUACUGUACACAGCAACUCUUUUUGUCUUCCCUGUGUAAUUUUGUCUUUCUCUCUUCCUGUGGUGUCUCUCCACCUCCACUCCUCCAGCAAACUUUAUCCUCCAUCCUCCUGACUCUGUCUCCUGGAGUUGAGGCAAGUGGCUUCUUUUAUGCAGCACCCAGGUGUAAUUCUGAUGUCCCAUAAGCAUGGUCUGGAAGCAUUUGCAGCUGAGGUGGGAGCCCUACAAACUCACCAUUCCCUGUGGCACUGCCUUGUGGCUCCUCAGGAAUCCAACAGGACUGAGCUAACAAACUCCAAUUCCCAGUGUUCCCAGUGAUCACCACCUAGCAAUCCAGGGGAGAUAAUGCCCUUUGCAUGCUCUCUAACCUUGUCCUUCCAUUUGAAGGCGUCCUAGCUGGUUAAGGGCCCUGGCUGUCCGGCACAGAGAUGUUGAUUUGAAUUUUAAAAUCAUCCAUUUUCAAAGCAAACUGACGAGAAAAAACAACACACUAAACAAUAAUCUGCACCUCUUAUGCAUUCACCCAUUGUCAAAGUCAGUUAGUUCAGUUUGGGGUCACAUAGUUGAAGCACAAGUCAAGAAUUGAGCAUAAAAAGCAUGCCAACCCAGAAAGGGGCAAACACCCACACUGGCACAGGGCCACUUCACCUAAUGCAGACAUCUUUUGGAACUGAGAACAGGGCACAGACAUGCAAAUUGUGAACCAGCAGUGCCUGGACUGGGAUUCACACUCAGGGUUCUUCAGCUGCACCAGUAAAAAUUGCCCUCCAGUUGGUUUUCAAUUAUUAGAUCAUACAUUGGAAAAUGAUGUCCACAAAGAAUGUUACACUUUAACAGAUUUACACUUACAAUUUGAGUUGGAAGAUUAUGUCCACAAAGAACAUUGCACAAUUACAGAUGUACACUCACAAUUCUGGACAGUCUGGACUCUUCUGUCUUGGAAUCUUUGCGAAUAUUUAACCAACAGAAAUGAGAAUUCAGAUCAAAUAUGGUGAACGAAAUUCAAGUUCGACUUGCUGAGAUAGUUAUGUUAUUUUUUUAAAGAUAAAUAGAAAAAUAAAGUACAUCUUGUUCCAUUCCAUUUUUACUUACGUUUUCCCACUUAGCUCCCUUUGUCUAUCAAUGAUGUUAUAUACUAUUUGAAAUUGGAAAAAAUGUAAUUCUCACUUGGAGGAUCUGUUCAAAACUUUUUAAA